CCCAACGUCGCUACACCGCCCCUUCUCUUAUCCACAUCAGUUGCUUGGAUGUCGUCCUCAGUGGCACUCCACAACCCCAGCCACACCUCUUCCCCUGCCUCCCUUUCCUCUGCCCCUUGUUCUCCGCUCUCCUCCGCGGCGUCGUCCCUCUGCCCAGGUGACGACCCCCUCCCGUCCAAACACACCGCAGCAGGCGUCUGCCCCUUUGACCUUCUCCGCCUUGCGGUUGUGUUCAUGGACGACAACGACGACAAACACCAACACGCCAGCUGCAGCGGCGUGCAGCAGCAGCAGCAGCAACACCGACAACGGCAAUCGCAAUCGCAGCUGCUGCAGCAGCAGCAGCACAGCAACACCGGCCAUGGCCACGACAGGUUCAGACCGGCCAGCCACCGUGGCAGCGGCUUGAGUGCAGGAAGCAAUCCUGACGCCCUUUCCACCACCACCACCACAACCACGACGAUGACAAGCACCAACAGCAGCAGUAAUAACCGCAGCAGUGGCAGCAGCAGUGGCUACGAGCAAGGCAGUGACACCCGUGUCCGCCAGCGCCGGCACCCACGAUCAAGCAAGGCACCCACUACCCAACACGAUACCCAACGCGAUUCCCAACGCGACACCAGUUACAGUAGCAGCAGUGGCGGCAGCAGCAGCAAGAAGCACACCAAGCACACCAAGCACAACAAGAAGAAGAAGAAGAAGCACAGUGAUCAGCACAGCGAUCAGCACAGCCACAACCACGGCAGCAGCCAGAAGCGGGACGCGGUUUUGGCUGGCGGCACCGCCUCCUCGGGUGCGCCCAACACCAAGCGCAGCAAAACGCGGCAGCCUUCCAGCCAGGACGACAGCGGCGGCAGCACAUCGGCAACAACGACCACCAGCGACCAGCGGGAGCACGGCACAAGCCCAGACGACAGCGACAACAGCAAUAAGAGCAGCAGCCAUUUCGCGCCCAGCCUGCAGCAAGGCACACACCAUGUUCUGCGCGUGGGCACUGGCGCCAGCCGCACGCGCGUGUCGCGUCAACACCACGCUGCACCACCAUCUCCUCCUCCACGGUUGACAAAACACACGGCAGCAGCCCGUCUUCGCGCCUCCUCCCCAGGUGCCGAGAGCAGCACCAGCGCCAGUAGUGACAGCAGCAGUAGCGGCUGCGGCGGCCACAGCCGUGCACAUCGCACCGCAGCGGCUAACACCGCCGCCACUGGCAGCAGCAGUGGCAGCAGCAGCAGUAGCCGCCGCACAACCGUGCACAAGCCGAGUGCGACCACCGCCAGCGCUGCAAGGAACCUCGAGAAGCAACGGGAGCACAAGUGUGGCACCUGCGGGCGUAUCUUCCACCGGCGCAACCACCUCACGCGACACGAGAAGAUGCACAGCCAGUCGUUUGACUUUGCCUGCCAGCACUGCGACAAGAAGUUCUACCGACGCGACCAGUACCUCGUGCACCUCCGCUCGCACACGGGCGAGCGUCCGUAUGCGUGCGCGUUUCCCGGCUGCGGCAAGCGGUUCACGCAGAAAGGUGCACUCAACCGGCACCUCAAGGUGCACAAGGGAGUGGCCAGUCCGGAGACGCCAGGCGCCAUGGCGGCGCCCGCACAGGCACGGCCGUCCCCGUUUGGCUUUGCCCCUCAGGCACCACACCAACAGCAGCCGUUGCCGGGCUCGCAGGUGAUGAUGAUGCUGAACCACAUGGCCCCGUCCUUUGGUGCAAACGGGAUGCAAGGUGCACAGGGCAAUGCUGCUGCUGCUGCUGCUGCUGCUGCUGCUGCAUCUGGCGGCAGUGGCUUUAUGUUCGCCUUCAACCCGUACCUUCCGCCACACAUGCAACAACAACAGCAGCAACAGCAACAGCAACAACAACAAGAUCCGUAUGGCGGUGGCCUUCCGGGUAUGUCCCCUGUCACUACAGCAGGCCCGCACGCCGUGGCGACCACAAGUGCACCCGCUCUGUCGGCAGCGGUGCCACCGCAGCAUAUUCCUGCCGCCUCCCUGGCUGGGUCCGCACCGGCGCUGUGGCAACAGCUCCAACACCAGCUGCAGCAACAACAGCAGCUCCAGCAACGUCAACACCAGCUGCAACAACAGCUACAACAGCUACAACAGCUACAACAGCGACAACAACAACAUCAGCAGCAGCAGCCCUCCAACCUGCUUUCGCUCCCGCAUGUCAUUGGCUUCCAACAAGCCCUCAAACAGCAUGGGCAACAGCAGCAACAACAACAAGAACAGCAGCAGCAAGGGCCAAUUGCACCUGCUCCCGCUUCCCAACAACAACAGCAAUUGCUGCAGCUGCAGCAACUUCAGCUGCAAAUGUUCCUGCAGCGUCAGCAGCCACCACCACCACCACCACAACAACAACAACAACAACAACAACAGCAGCAGCAGCAGCAGCCUUCGUCGUCUGCGCGCUGGUUCUUUCCCACACCUCCCACCACGACCAACUCCAGGUAGUCCACAAGAUGGCUGGCUGAACUGAACUGACCUGAACUCAGGAACGACCUACCAUGGGCGCUCACACACGCAUCACUGCUUCCGUGCUUCCGUAUUAUGCUUUGCUCUGCUUUCGUACUUUGUUAUUUCUCUUUGUGGUGGGCUGGCGACCAUCAUUCGGCUUUUGCUUGCGUGCAAGCAUGUCUGUGCUGCCUGCCAUGCUUCGCUGAUCACUGUUCUCUCGAUAAACAUGGCCCGAGUC